AAAAGUUGCUUAGCAACCAGAAACGAAAGGGGCGUUAGGACCCAGAGUGGUUAUGCGUGGAUCGUCAAUGGGUGGGGACGGGGAACAGGACUGACAGCUUUAAAGCAAAAAUCGGUGGCAGAGCAGCGCCAUUUGCAUCCAGCUCGGUCUUUUAGUUGCUGCUCUUCCCAGCCACUAAACCCUUUAACUUCACCAUGUUCCGUUUUCUGAGCGGCGCCGCUGGCGCUGGCGGCUCCGGCCUGGCCAACCAACUCCUGCAAGGCCUGGCUGGCGUGAUUGGCCAAAUGUCUACUGGACCAGCCGAGCAGCCCCGCCAUAUUUCGCAAGUUGAGGCCCAUGAGACUGAUGAGGAAAGAAAGUUCCGGCAGAUUUUCAAAAGCUUGGCGGGAGAUGACAUGGAAGUUAGUCCAACAGAGCUGAUGAAUAUUCUCAACAAAAUAGUAUGCAGACAUGCUGACCUGAAGACUGAUGGUUUCAGCCUGGAAUCCUGCCGCAGUAUGGUGGCUGUGAUGGAUGCUGACAGCACCGGGAGACUGGGCUUCGAAGAAUUUAAGUACCUUUGGGAAAAGAUUAAGAAAUGGCAGGCAGUCUAUAAACAGUUUGAUGCUGACUGUUCAGGGACCAUUAACAGCCAGGAGCUGCCAGGGGCAUUCGAAGCUGCAGGAUAUCCUCUGAAUGAUGAUCUGUACCGACUGCUGUACCGCCGGUAUGCCAACGAAUCUGGAGACAUGGACUUUGAUAACUACAUCGCCUGCCUAGUCCGAUUGGAUGCCAUGCUCAGAUCCUUCAAUGCGCUGGACAAGGACAAAAAUGGAUCCAUCAAAGUUAACAUUGUUGAGUGGCUGCAGCUCACCAUGUACUCGUGAACAUCCGCCUCAGCAUCAGCCCUUUGAAGAGAGCAGAGGAUCCUGGUGGCACUACUUGGCUGAUGUAGUUGGAGAAAUAGUCCUUUGCUUGGGGUGGGGUGGGCAUUGUGGGUGAAAAAUAUAUUUUUCUGCAUGUUAGCUUUUUAUAGUUACUAAGACUUCCAUCAAUAUGGCUUGUUCGGAAAUGUUGCUGACUUUGCAAAGGCAGGUGAACUUGACUUCUGAAAUCUACUUCUUUUCACUAACUGCUGGCUUCCAAAAGCAGAGGUCGUUCUAUUCUAGGAAUUGGAGGUUCUGCAGAGGUAACGCUGAAGAUGGGAGAUUAAAGGGCUUUAAAAAUGGAGAUGUAGAGAUGUGGUCAGCAGUUAGUCCUUCCCGUUAUCUCCACAGAUGCAGAGUGCCCUGUCCAUGGUUUUCCUGCACUUCCCCUUUCUGGUUCCCAUCCUCCGGUCUCUCUGCCUCUCCUGCUCUCUGCUUUUGAAUAGAGGGUUGAGGAAAAUUAGAGCGCAAAAAAAGCUUUGGGAUUCUCUGUGACCAAAUCCUUUGGGGGGUGGGGGGGAAUAAAAGCUGCAGACGAUGGAAAUUUGAGACAAAAAUGAACUACUGAACAAGUCAGGCUGCAUGUUUGGAGAGAGGAACAAGAGCUAACACCUCAGAUUGGAUUACCUGAAAAUUUAACUUUCUUUGCAGAUACUGCCUGACCUAUUGAAUAUUAUCUUAGAUUGAAUGUCUACCUGAAAGAUAUUAGCCAUUAGGUAAGAUAGCUGAAAUUGCUGUGUCGGUUCAGAGUUCAUUUGUGGGUUAAAGGGAGGACAGGUUCAACGUUUGUCCUUUAUUUUGUGGAAUGUAUAAGUAUCAAAGUGCCAUUUGAAGCUUGCUAGUUUAAGACCCAUUUCAUCUGCAUUACUUAGCCUCUCGUGGUGAAGCUGUAACUCAAGGAACCAUCAUCUUUCUUGAAUUGGUCAUGAGGCAUCAUUCAGAUUCCUUGAUGGACGAGUUUAAAACUGAAAUGUAUUUGAAACCAGGUUAAUCUGCCAAUAACCGCAACCUUGGAAAAGUCAAGUUUGCAUUCACGUGCUUCGUACUUAGUGGGACAGAGACUGUAAAGACUGUAAAACACUAUCUUUAUCUCAACCUAACUGCUUUCAUCUAUCACGAUCCUCUUGAAGGUUUCGUUUUGUUCGAAUGUAGGAACAUUACUUAUGAUUUUGCUGAAAUGAUCCCUAUUUCAUCCUGUGGAACUUUUUUGCUGGUCCCAUUGCACAAAAGCAGGAUCAUCUGGAAAAAGUUGAAUGAGAGCAACAGCUUUUGAUCCCCAAAUCGGCUUCUUUAAGAACUAAUUUCAUUUAAAAAAAAAAGGUAUGUUGCUGCUGUUGAAACUAGUUUGUGCUCAACAAGGACCCAUUCAGCACAAGGCUAAUUCUUUCCUAGCUGCACUGGAAUCUGGAAUCAUUUAGAGUUAUGCCAAUAGUUCCCCAUUUAGACUGAAGAGAAAUUGAGGAAGCCAUCCUUUCUGCAUCAAUUUCUUGAGGAUGAAGAUAAUUCUAUUUGCAUCAAUAGUGAUGUGCUAUAAUCCAAUGAACCUAUUUGCAAUUCUUGAUCUUGGUAGCAUAAAAUGUUUGGCUAAUUGACAUCGUCAUUAUGGAAGACCAUGCUUCCUUUUGCCAUUUAGUGUUAGUAGAAGUUUCCCUCCUGGUGUCUGGAGUGUGCCAAAGCAUGGAGCUUGUAGAUCAGGAGGGAAAGGGUUCAGUAAGCCCAAUGUGGGGUACUUGUUGCUGGUUGUUGGACCAGGAACAAACAGCCUCUCCAUCACUAACUUGCCAAAAAAAAACAACCCCCACAAUUUUGUCAGGAAAUUGAGUUGUUCUAGUGUUGAGGUUCUGUUGGGCGAUGUGUGAUUACUGACCCUGCUGUAGUGAAAUGGGGAAGAGAGUUGCGGGGUGAACAGAUGCGUCUGAAAGUUGCUAACCUGCCUCUGUUGUUGCUUACCUGUUGCACCUUCCUUCAGUGGCCAAUCUGUAUGGUUUUUAUUAAAAGAAAAUCUAUCCACUUUUUAAAAACUUGUUUGAUCAUUUCUUUAAAAAAUCAAAGGUAAAAUACACCAAUAUUCUCUAGAAUUAAUUAGAUGUCUUAAUGAGUCAUGGUUAUACAGCAUUUUGGCCAUGCUGAGUAUCAAAUUUCUACAGUUAACUACUUUAAUAGGUACAUUUUUAUACCUGCUUGCUAAUGCUGUUAAUUGAAGAGCAUAUGAAAAUAUGAGAGCUAUAGUCAAGAGGGACGUGUGGAUUGUCAAAAGGUAGGUUGAGAAGGAGUCUUGCCAAAGGGUUUUGGGCUGAAACGCUAACUGUACUUUUUGUCAUAGAUGCUGCCUGGCCUGCUGUGUUCCUCCGACAUUUUGUGUUUGUUGCUCGGAUUUCCAGCAUCUGCAGAUUUUCUGUUGUUUGAGAAGGAUCUCAGCUGAGAUUGACCCCUAGAGAUUUCUUGAAUACUUUAGCAGUAAAAGAAACGUCAAAGAGGAAGUUGAGUGUGUUUAAAGUAUUCACCUGCGAAGAUGUUACCAAUAUGCCAGUAAGUGUAGCGAAAAAUAAGAUUAUUUUAAGUGAUUUAGCGAUCUUGGAAAGUGAGGUCCUGCUUUAGCUGAAAAGGACCUAAAUCUCCAGGGUCAGGCAGCAUAUCUUGAAGGGUACUUAAAAGUCUGUGAUGAUAUAUACAAACCCCUAACAUGUAUUUUUCAAAAUUAGUGAAGACUGGUGAAGUCCUUAAGGACUAGAAAUGAGCUAAUAUUGCCCAAGAAGGGUGACCGUAUCGAUACUGGUAACUAUAGACCAGUAAGCUUAAUGUGUAUUGUAAGCAAGAUAAUGGGAACAUUUAAUAAAGAAUGAGAUUGAAAAGCAGUUGAUAAGAACAGGUAUGUUCUCAGAAAGCCUGUAAUACUGAAAUGCUGGAAUUCUCUGAAGGGGCAAUAAAAUUUAUGAUAACAUGGA